UUUUUGAAUGUAAUAAUGGAAGUGAAAGUAUUUUGGAGGCGCUGGUUCUUGUCUUGGUUAACUGUGAAACCCUGGGUGUAGGGACGGCCUGUCCCAAUCUUCCAGGCCGGGAAAGGUAAUCGGCGCUGAACGUGCACGUCUCUGCGGGAGAGCCAGACGGCGUCCGCGGCCGACCCGAAGGGGAAGCCAACCAUAAGGCAGUGUGGCCGCGGCCGGAUCUUUGGGCUGCUAUCUGAUGUACUAUGCUUUCUUGUGAUAUUUGUGGUGAAACAGUAACCUCAGAACCAGACAUGAAGGCUCACCUCCUAAUUGUUCACAUGGAAAAUGAAGUUAUAUGUCCAUUUUGCAAGUUGUCAGGCGUGAAUUAUGAUGAAAUGUGUUUUCAUAUUGAAACUGCUCAUUUUGAGCAAAAUGAACUAGAAAGAAGCUUUGCAAGGAUCAAUACAAUACAGAUUAGAACUUCAGAUAACAGGAAAGACAACACCUUACAGUGUAGAAUGGAAGUUAAUUCUGGUGUCCAUUCAGCUUGUGCAUCUAAUCAUCCAAAAAUUUCAGCUCAAAGCCUGCCUAAUGAUGGUACUUUAAAACAUAAAGCCUUUUAUUCGGAGAACUUAACUGAAUCUAGAAAAUUCCUUAAAAGUAAGGAAAAAGAGUAUGACCCAUCUAAAAUAAAAGGAUCAAUUUAUGAAACAAUGUAUAGUCCUCCCGAAUGUCCGUUCUGCGGAAGAAUAGAAGAUUGUAGUCAAGAUAUGGAAAAUCAUGUGAAAACAAAGCAUGCUGAUCUUUUAGACACUCCAUCAGAAGACCAUGAUCAACCACUGUAUGACUGUCCUAUGUGUGGGCUCAUCUGUACAAAUUACCAUAUUCUCCAGGAACAUGUUGACUUACAUUUGGAAGAAAGCAACUUUGGACAAGGCAUAGAUAGAGUCCAAUGUUCUAGAGAUCUAGAAUUGGCUCACCAGCUUCAACAAGAAGAAGACAGAAAGAGGAGAUCUGAAGAAUCACGACAAGAAAUGGGAGAAUUUCAGAAGCUGCAGAGACAAUAUGGUUUAGAUAAUUCUGGAGGAUACAAACAACAGCAACUACGAAAUAUGGAGAUAGAAGUCAAUAGGGGAAGAAUGCAUCCAUCUGAAUUUCAUAGAAGAAAAGCUGAUAUGAUGGAAUCGCUAGCUAUUGGUAUUGAUGAUGGAAAAACAAGAACUUCUGGAAUUAUUGAAGCACUUUACAGAUACUAUCAGAAUGCGGCCACAGAUGUGAGGCGCGUGUGGCUUUCCACAGGGGUGGAUCACUUUCAUUCAUCUUUUGGUGACAAAGGUUGGGGUUGUGGUUACCGAAAUUUCCAGAUGCUACUUUCAUCAUUACUGCAAAAUGAUGCUUAUGACGAUAGCUUGAAAGGUAUGUCAAUUCCUUGCAUUCCAAAAAUUCAGUCUAUGAUUGAAGAUGCGUGGAAGGAGGGUUUUGAUCCUCAGGGUGCCUCUCAACUUAAUAACAGGUUACAGGGAACAAAGGCCUGGAUCGGAGCAUGUGAAGUAUAUACACUUCUGACCUCCCUAAGGGUAAAAUGCCGCAUUGUUGAUUUUCAUAAGUCAACUGGUCCUUUGGGUACACAUCCUCGUUUAUUUGAAUGGAUAUUGAACUAUUAUUCUUCAGAGAGAGAAGGGAGUCCAAAAGUAGUGUGUACAUCUAAACCUCCAAUCUAUCUUCAGCAUCAAGGUCAUAGUCGAACAGUUGUUGGAAUUGAAGAGAGAAAAAACCGAACACUAUGUUUACUAAUAUUUGAUCCCGGAUGUCCUUCUCGAGAAAUGCAGAAACUGUUAAAGCAAGACAUGGAGGCUAGCAAUCUCAAGCAACUUCGGAAAUUUGUGGGAAAUUUAAAACAUAAGCAAUACCAGAUAGUGGCAGUAGAGGGUGUUCUUUCUUCAGAGGAGAAAGUUGCCAGGAGACAAGCUUCUCAAGUUUUCACAGCCGAGAAGAUUCCUUGAAGAAUGAAGCAUUGCAGUGAUCAUGGAAUUUUACUUUAUUUUCCAAAUUCAGAUAUUAAGGUCCCUAAUACAGCUUACGAAUCUGAAUUCUUUACUCAACUUAUAAUUUAACUUCUAAAACAUCUAAAUCACACCUCUUGUACCUCAUUGUUUAGUAACUAUUUCAAUAAACAAUUUUGUUUGCAUUAUGAGUUCUGUAUUUCCUCUCACAUCUAUGUGUUAGAAACUGGUUUUGUAUGAUGAUCGUAUGUAAUAUUUAUUGGGUCCUUGUGUUAGGUAUUCUUAGUAUUUUCCAUGUAUUAAUUACUGUAAUCUUCAAUUCUGUGAGACAAAUUCUGUUAGUCCUGUAAGGAAGCUGAAGCUCUGCAAGGUUUGUAAUUUUCCCAAGAAAAUUAUUGUAAUCCAGGGUGUGAACCCCGGCUGUCUCACUUCCAAGCUCUUACAUUUGGGCAUUCUGCUUUCUUUUGUUAUAAAACACGUAUAAUGAAAUUCCCUCCUCAUCACUUAGAAAUUACCUUAAUAUUUAACAGGUAUAGCUCUAAAAAGAGGGAUUUGCUUUUGUUAAAUAUUUAUACUCUUACACAUACAACUGUGAAUUAGAACUUUGGGUUUAACAUGUCCUGUAGGAAAGAAACUUUCAGAUUCAUGUUGGCUGUGUCAAGUAAGGUUGCAGGUAGGAAUCCUAUGUCAGCCAAUUUGAGCAGAAGGGAAUUCAUUGAAAGAUUAUCAGAAGCUCAGAGAAUACACCAGUAACUAGGAAACUGUGCUGGAACAAAGACAAUUCUAGAGGCUAGAAUGUGAUCUGAUUCAUAGCGGAACUAUCAGGUUAGGAGCCGAGGUCGGAUGUCUCUGCUCAAAAUUCAGAUUCUAGAAAGGCCACAUCUGAUUGGCGUGAGACUUGGCCAUGGGACAGAGGCAGUUUCUCAAAAGGAAAUCAGAGUAGAUAAGGAAUGGAUAUUACACAACAACAACAAAAAGCAACACGAAAAAGGAAGAACGUACUUGAAUACGGUUUUAUAAAUAUUAGCUACUCCAUCAAAUAGUAAAAGCUGCACUCCAAGAAUGAAUAAUAUUGCCAAUCAGAAAAUUCUGGAAACCAUCUUUCCUAAUACUCUGUCCCUCAGACAGAAAUUCCGCAACUAUGAGCCUUAUGAUCAGAUGUCUGUUCUGCUGACUUGUCAAACAAUGCUUAAAAGCAGUUGCCGUUUUGCCCACUCCACGAGUUUUAGCCCAGUUCAAACAAAAGCAGAUCUUUCUCUGAAAGCUUCGUAGAUCUCAACCAUUGGAAGGUAUUGCUGAUCGACCAUCAAGCAUCAGUGAUCCCGUGUCACCAUGAAGGCUCAUUCUCAGUGUGUCGUGUCCACGUAGGAGGGAAAGUGAUUGUCUUAGGAGCCUUAGGCCACAUUUGAGCAACGUUAGUGCCAGAGCAGAGAAAGGCUUUACCGUCAGAUCCUAAGGCCAAAUAUCUUCUGCAGUUUCUGGACCUUCCUCAUGGAAUGUCUCAUACGCUUUAGAAAUCGUUCCAAAAUGCUAAGUGACCAUUACCUGGGUGGCAUCCUUAUAACAUUGAGCUAUAUAAAGGACACACAAAGUUUUACA